AGCUUAUCAAACCAGUCAGUAUACAGUAACAUGGAUGACGAAGAAAUAGAGGACGGAGAUUUCUACUCUGAUGAAGAGUCAUUUGAAUUUGAAUUUGAAGAUGAUGAAAACGAGGAUGCCAACGAAGACAAUGACGUAAUAGAAGAAGAUGAGGAUAUCGCAUUGCAAAAUAAGUACUAUUCCGCCAAGAACUUGAAAGAUGAAAAUCCUUUAGGAGCAAUUAAAGAAUUGAAAUCAUUAAUCGAUGGUGUAGAACAAAAUACUGAAAAUAUUGACUGGGUAUUUAAGUCAUAUAAGCAACUCAUUAAAAUCAAUUACAAUUUAGGAAACUAUGAAGAAUCACUACAAUAUCUACAAAAUGUCAUACCUGUACUAGGGUUAGUAAAAAGAGAUUACGCUGAAGAUUCCUUGAAUAAAAUGAUUAAUAAUUAUUCUGCCUCAAAGAAUACAAAGUUUGUUCUUUCCGUAUAUGAAGUCAUAUUGAAUUAUUUACAAAACUCAGAAGUAUCAUCUAUCAGUACUGAUAGAUUAUGGCUCAAGAUAAAUAUAAAUAGACUUAAUUCUCUUCUCGAUAGUGGAUUGUUCGACCAAUGUCCAGAUUUGUUAAAGUCUAUAAAUGAAAAAUUGAAUAAAGUUAAUGAAAAUACCAAAAACUCAUACUCUUUAGAAGUUAUUGCUGCUGAAAUUGAAUAUGAAUCACACAAAGAAAUUGGAAAUUUCAAUACCUUGAGUCGAUUGUAUCGCCGAAGUUUAGACAUAACUACGGCUGUCACACAUCCUAGAAUUUUGGCUACUAUUAAAGAAUGUGGUGCAAAAGUACAGUUCUUUAGGGGAAAUUAUGAGAAAGCAAGAUUAGAAUUCUACGAUAGUUUUAAGAAUUAUGAUGUUGCAGGUUUGCCAAAGAAAAAUAGAAUAUUAAAGUAUGUUGCUUUAUGUUCAUUAUUAACAGAAAGUGAGUUUAAUCCGUUUGAGUCUCAGGAGACACGAACUUAUGCAAAGCUUGCAGAAUAUUCCAAUUUAUUACUAUUGAUUAAAGCUUAUGAUGAAUUGAAUAUUGAAAAGUUCGAUCAAACUACUGAUAAAAUUAAUACUGAAAAUGAUCCAUUGAGUGAUGAUGAAGUAUUUAAACACGCAUUAUUUCAGAUAUCAGUUAAUUUGAAACAAAAACUCAUCUUAAAGUACGUCCAAGCCUACAAAACAAUUAGAUUUGAGUAUUUAACGAGAAAGCUACGUAUAAAUAUUGAAGAAUUGGAAGAUUUGUUAUUGAAGCUUAUGAAUGAUGGUAAGUUUGGAGAUAUGAGAGUUGAUUUUGAGGAUAAUUUUAUAGAAUGGGUUGGAGUAAGGAAGAAGUUAUUUACUCCUUUUAUUCAAACCAAAGAUAUAUAUGCUAAUUUGAAGGCUCUCUAUCUUCUCAAGUUUGACUUUACAUUAAAAGAUUUCAAACAAUCAAGCAAUGAAAGUGAUGGUAUGGAAAUUGAUAAGGUUUCAGAACUGAAUGAAGGAGAUUUUGCCUCUGAAUUUUUGAAUCUAUCAGAUUAUCCGCAAUUGAACGUUACUGAAGUAAUUGAAAUCUGGUACACUUAUAUGUAUUCAUCUAUUCCAAAUAUUGUCAAGUCUGAAACAAGUUUACUUUCUAAAUUAAGGUCAGAAAAUAAAAGUAUAUCUGUUGCUAAAGUUGAGGAAAAUAAUAAUAAUGAUAAUGAUAUGGCUGCCUUGAAUACAAGAGCAGGAAUUCUUAAUUCUACAGUUGGUUCAGAUGCUCAUGAGCAUGAGAAAGCUGAUGAUGAUGAUGACGAUGAUAUACUUACCAAGGCGGAUAUACUUGCUGGUUUGUGUAAUGAGUUAAAGAAACAUCAUGAGAAGAUUACUGCCCAUUAGUGUAAAAUAGUAUAUUGUCUUUUAGGGUUAACUAAAUAAAACUGCAAAAAAAAACUGUCGUAGCUAAUCGCACUUUUUUGCCAGAAAUGUCAUCGACUUGAAAAAUUUCAAUGAAAACUUUUUUGGAACUUUUAACC